AUGGAGCAAAAGAGAACCGAGCUCCUGCGCGAGAAGACGGUCGACGAGUUCGAGGUGAUUCUGCAUGGCUCCGCCGAGCACGUCGAAGCAAUCCGAAAGUUGCAUGCUCACCAGGAAGCGAAACGAAACCAGCUGAAGGAGCGCCACACGGAGGUCUAUGUCGACAUCGAAAAUGUCAAGUCCGAAUUGGACGCCCUUGCGGCCGAACUUCACCAGGUCACCGCCCACGCAGUCUCGCUCGAUGCAUCCUUCGACCGCUACGGAUAUUCCGCUCAUCUGAGGACCAAGGAUGACGAUUCCGAAACCACCUCGUUCCACGGCAGCCACAGCCACCAGUCCGCCGUUGACAAACACAACGACCGUACCACCGAGGCGCUCAAGUUCAUCCGCCGUCCAACGGUUCGGCAAUACUUCCACAAAGGCCUGCUCUGGAGGUCCGCCAAAGCGGGCGAAGUCGCCUCAUUCGAGCUCUUCGUCGACCUCGUCUAUGUCGGAGUUAUCGACGUGGUGGGUGAAAGAGCUGUCGAACGGCCAAACGGCUUGGCUUUGCUCCAUUUUGUCAUUGUCUUCACAAUUGCUUGGAAGAUCUGGUCGGAUCUCACCAUGAUCAUCAACCAUUUCGACAUCGACGACAUUUUCCAAAGACUGAACGUCAUUUUCUACCUCAUCUGCCUGUUUGGCUUCACCACAAAUAUCGCUUACGCAUUUGACUCGACAUAUACCUCAGCCAUCGCCUUCUACAUCACUCAGCGACUCUUUGGGGCUUUGUGGUAUGUGAGCACGGGGGCUGCCUUGCCUAACAUCCGCGGAACGAUGGUGGUCAUGGCCAUUAUGGUGCUAAUGUCUUGUGCGGUUUGGAUCGGAAGCAUUCAUGUCGGAUGGCCUGAUCAACUGGCAUUGAUCUUCAUCGCUCUUGCAAUUGACACGUUCAGUGGCGUCUUCUUGAUCUACCUCGUGAAGAACACGGGCCACAAGACAUACCUCAAGUCAAUCGAAAAGUACUUUGAGUUCUUCCCGGCCAUCAACAUCGAGCAUCGCGUCGAGCGCAAUAAUGCAUUUGUGUCCCUGGUCUUCGGCUACUCUGUCCUCACCAUCUUGUUCCAAUCAAGGGCUUCGUUUGGGAUCAACGCAUUCUUCGGUAAAGGUGCUCUUGGCCUGAUCCAGGCGUUUGUGUUCAACUGGAUAUACUUCGAAAUCGACGCGUACAACAUCCAUGUUCAUGCUAUAAGACGGCACGCUGUCAGCAGCACGGUCUGGAUAACAGCUCAUCUUCCAUUCAUCAUGGGAUAUGUGCUGGCAGCAUCGACGCUUUCACAGCUUGUUCUGGCUCACGACUGUGCUGGCGCCAAUCCGGAAGAUCUAGGAGAGAAUUACCAAGGACGAAGCGAUUCCGAAGUCGCCAAAGCACUCCGAUGGUUUUACUGCUGCGGACUAGGGAUCGCAUUGUUAGCGAUGGCUGUGAUCUCAUUCUGUCACAUUCAUAAGCGGCUCGCCAACGCUCGGCUCCGGAAACGACCACGACUAGCCGUUCGGGUUUGUGUGGCGAUCAUCAUCAUUUGCUUACCUCUGGCGGACUCGCUCUCAUCUUUGGAUCUCAUUUCGAUCACUACUGCGCUGGUUUGUUUUAUAUUGGCACUGGACCUCUUUGGCAACUCCUGUGAGGGCGACAGUUUCUGGACGGGUGGCUUCUGCGUGCAGGAGAAGAAAAACUGCGUCUACACCGCUAAUUGCAAACUUGGAAAGAGAAGACAGCGAGAGCUGGAAAAGGCAAUCCAGCGCGGGGAGAAGGUGUCUUUGGCGGAUGUGCUCAAGAGGAAUUCGAGCAUGAGUAGCAUGGAGAGUGAGGAGAGUAGAGUGGAGAAGUGGCAUGGGGGACACUAUUGA